AUGAUGAACAACAGCACGAAGGACACGUGGCAAAUCGUCUACAUCCCUGACGAACCACCGAUCACACCUAACCAGCAACGCUCCGUUAUUGAGCCAAAGUACGCUAGUACUCUUACAAGGCGUUUAAAUCAGAUAGCUCCAUUCGAAUAUCUACGCCAUGUCAAGCGGAUUCGAAAGAAGCAUCUUGAAGGAGAAUCUAGCAUAGCAAUACUUGUUUGCAAAUAUGCUGCCACAUCUAAAGCAGAGUGGGAAGAACAACGCAAGCUAUGGCCAACCUUUUAUGAUCCACCUACCUACAAUAUUGAUGCCAUUACUGGAUUCAGUGAAGAGGAUUCACUGUCAGUUUCCAGCUUCAUGAACUUUCUAUUAACUUGGCAAAAUCUGAUUGUCAAUGCUGCAGUUAUAGUGGAUCCUUCAGUUCAACAGAUCAUUACAAAUGGAUGUGAUGAAAUCUUCUCGUGGCAUGCUCCCACAAACAAGACUUGCAUCAGAGAUGACUGCUUUAAACAGUCCACAACCCUUAGUUCUCAUCAGUCUAAUGGAAGAUUAGAAACAGCUAAUUCUUGUUAUUGGCACCCUUUACAACAUGCUGCUAUUGUUUCUAUUGAAUCUUCUGCUGACAGAGACAGACGCCUGUUCCCUGGUUUGGGAGAUACUGCUGGGAAGUCCUUUGGAACUUCGCAAUCUUCUUAUGUUGGUUUGGCAACAUCUUAUUCUAUUUUGAUAGGUCAAGGAGAAGGAAUUCAAAUUCUGUAUCAGAGUGACCUUAUCUAUGCACUGGUUAUGACGUCUAUCUUGUUUGGGAGCCAUGUAUAA